CAACACGUAGCCAAUGAGAAGACAAGUCCUCGAACAUUUAAACACAAAUAUCGUUGUGCUCGGUGUCUUGUGCUGUCUUCAAAGAAGUGUGGCGAGAAGAUACUUUCGGAAGUAGAGUUGGGAGUUGUGAGCUAUCGUCUAAGUGUAAGGAUCUAAACAUGCCUACUCAAGAGAAUGAUGUGCCAAACAGGCUUACAGCAUUCAAAAAUAAAGGAAAGAAUCUUGAAGAAAUGCGUCGGAGGAGGAGUGAAGUUAGAGUGGAGCUUCGUAAGGCCCAUAAAGAUGAUCAGUUGCUUAAGAGGAGAAAUAUUGCGGACUUCGAAGAACCUAGUUCACCUCUACAAGACAAUAAUAUUCAAAUGCCACAGACUAUACCAGUGGAUGAAAUAAUAGCAGGAAUGUCAAGCAGUGAUCCAGAUGCACAGUUCCAAGCAACACAAGCUGCCAGAAAAACAUUGAGCAGAGAGAGAAAUCCACCAAUUGAUGUCAUGAUUGAAUGUGGCAUUGUUCCAAGAUGUGUAGAGUUUUUGUCAUAUCACCACAACCCAUCACUCCAAUUCGAAGCCUCUUGGGCUCUAACAAACAUUGCCUCUGGAAACUCUGAACAGACCUACGCUGUUAUUAAAAGUGGUGCUGUUCCCAAAUUGGUUGCUCUGUUAUCUUCGCCAUCUGCUCAUGUUGCAGAACAGGCUGUGUGGGCAUUAGGAAAUAUUGCUGGUGAUGGACCAGUGGCAAGAGAUCUGGUUAUAAAUAAUGGAGCAGUGCCCGCAUUGCUUGAACUUAUAAGACCAGAGACUGCAGUAACAUUCUUAAGGAACAUAGUUUGGACUCUUUCAAACCUUUGUCGAAACAAAAAUCCACCUCCACCAUUUGAAAGUAUCAAAAUGUGUCUUCCUGCCUUAAACAAGUUGUUAAACUAUGGCGACAGUGAUGUGUUGGCGGAUACAUGUUGGGCCUUGUCAUACUUAACUGAUGGCACGAAUGACAAAAUCCAAGCAGUAGUUGACAUUGGUGUUGUCCCAAGGUUGGUGGAACUCCUUUCCUUUAAUGAAGUAUCUGUCCUCACACCAGCUUUGCGUGCUGUUGGUAACAUUGUUACAGGAAAUGAUACACAGACUGAUGCAGUUAUCAAUGCAGGUGGUUUGAAGUAUUUAGGUCAACUGUUAGAUCACCCACGGCUUAAUAUAAUGAAAGAGGCAGCUUGGACUGUGUCAAAUAUAACAGCUGGCAAUGUUGACCAAAUACAGGAAGUCGUGAAAGCUGGUCUUGUUGAACCAUUGAUAGCAGUUUUGACAAAAGGAGAUUUCAAGUCUCAAAAGGAAGCAGCUUGGGCUGUCACAAACUUCACUUCAGGAGGGUCUGCAGACCAGAUAGUACACCUUGUUCGAUGUGGAGUGUUGAAGCCAUUCUGUGACCUUCUUGACAGCAAAGAUUGGAAAACUGUAUCUGUGGUACUAGAUGGGUUGGGAAACAUCUUACAGACUGCUGAAAAGAUGGGUGAAGUUGAACGUGUUGCUAUAAUGAUUGAAGAAUGUGGUGGACUGGAUAAAUUAGAAUCUCUGCAGCAACAUGAAACUGAACAAAUUUACCAAAAGUCAUUGCAGCUGAUAGAAACUUACUUCUCCGAUGCUGAUGCUGAAGACUCAAACCUGGUGCCUUCAGAAGUAGAUGGUCAGUUGGAUUUCAACAAUUCUGAUAAAGUCCCUGAAGGUGGAUUCUCCUUCUAAAAUUCUAUGAAGACUGGUUUAUACAAUUUUUUGUGAAUGCAGUUGUGGGGUUGUAUAAAUUGUUAUUUAGUAAUUUUGUAUUGCAAUACUGCAUUUUUACUUUUUUAACUUUUCGAUACAUUGACACUUCCUAAAUUGUAAUUUCUGUGCAUUAGAUAUAGACAUUUUUGUAUUUUCUUGCCUUCUGUCACUAUCUUUUUG